AUGCUUGUACCUAUAACUUCGAAUAUACCUAAUAUUGACCUGUUAAUCAUUAAAUUAUUUAAAGCAAAAACAAGUAAAGAAUUAGCUCAAAUUAUUACUGGAGAUACUAUAUAUUAUCUUUGUCAAAAAGUAAGAAACGAAAUGAUGAGUGAACCUGUUUUAUUAAAUCUUGUUAUUAGUAAUAAGAUUGUUAUUUUAGGUGAUCUUCAUGGGCAAUAUUUUGAUCUAAUUCGUCAUUUUCAAAGCAAUGGAAUACCCCCAGACACAACAUAUUUAUUUCUUGGGGAUUAUGUUGAUCGAGGAAAGUUUGGGAUAGAAGUUCUUUGCUUAUUAUAUGCUUUGAAAGUAAAAUACCCAGGAUCUAUUUUCAUUUGUCGUGGUGAUCAUGAAUGUGCACGAAUUAACAGAAGAAAUUUGUUUUACUAUGAGUGUAUAUACAAAUACGGAAGUUUAUAUAUUUGGAAUGCCUUCGUAUCGACUUUUAAUGUAAUGCCAUUUGCUGCAAUUAUCAACAACAAAAUUUUUUGUGUUCAUGGUGGGAUAUCCCCCUUAUUAAAGUAUGUUACUCAAUUGAGAAGAAUUGAGAGACCUGUUGAUGUACCAAAAGAAGGACUUCUUAGAGAUUUGUUGUGGUCUGAUUUUGAUGUAGAACAAAUUGGGUUUGCACAUAACCAACGAAGAGAAGUUAGUUUUGUUUUUGGGGUAAAAGAGCUCAACCAAUUUCUUGAUGAUAAUAAUUUAGAGUAUAUGGUUCGUGGUCAUGAAGUAGUUAAAGAAGGGUUUAUUGUUGAAGGGAGGUGUAUUACUGUGUUUUCUGCUUGUCAGUAUACUGGUAUCUUUGAUAACAAAGGAGCGACUGUUUGUAUUGACUCUAAUCUUACCAUUUCAUUCAAAGUUAUCUCCCCAUAUUAA